CAGUGUCGCCGCUGCUGGAGUCCGGAGCGCAGCUCUACUGAAUUCACAUCCGGGGAAAACAAAACAAAAAACAAACAAAAAAGAAGAUAUUUAAAGAUUUAUUUGUGUUUUAGUGAAAAUCAACCGAAUUUGUGCAUCAAACGGACUGAACAGUUUGAAUGAAAGGAUCAUUUUGAACCUCAGAUAAUAAGCUGAAAUCCUGCUGCUACUGGAACAAAGGACACCGCACUCAAAGCCUUUUACUAUAAAUAGGCAAAUAAUUUACUAAAAAAAAUACUGAUUGUAGAUUUAUACAUUCCUAGAGUUCUGAAUUUGAUCUGCUCUUUAAUAUAAAAAAACAAACACUUUGAACCAAAAGAGAAUUAUCAUCAUAACUGCUGAAUCAUUGACUCGUACAGAAGCAACUCGGAAACGCAAAACAAAGCAAAGCAACCACACACUUUAAUUUCCGAUUGCUGCUUUUUUGCUGUAGCUUUAGUCGGUGCUCGGUGUGCACGAUGAUCCGGACCCCUAGACGUGUGUCUCCGGCCUCAGCUCGGGCUCCGGUUGCUCUGUCCUGCCCGCAGAAGAAGCUCCUCUCCGGAGUCAGGGCAGAUUUGCUGAGCUCGGGACUCGCGAGUCCGCCCAUGAGCUCGGUGCCGCUCGGGUACUUCACACAGCUCGGAAACACACCGGCGACCGAGCGGAGAACCGCAGACUGUCUGUACGCCACUCCGCACGGAGCACGAGCUCAGAAUGGCCGCCAGCCCGCUACCCGACUCCCGGCAAAGAGGCGACUGGAUUUGGAGGAUCCGCUCUAUCUCCCGGAUUUCCGCACACCCAAAGGAAAGGGGAACACGCCUUCGGCAAGACUCUCCAGCCCUAGGACACCCAAAUCUCCGGGCGAGCGAACACGCUACGACACGUCCCUCGGGCUGCUCACCAAAAAGUUUGUGGGGCUGCUGAGCGAGUCGGCAGACGGCGUUCUGGACCUGAACUGGGCAACUGAAGUACUUGAGGUGCAGAAGAGGAGGAUCUACGACAUCACUAACGUGCUGGAGGGAGUUCAGCUCAUUCGCAAGAAAUCCAAAAACCACAUUCAGUGGCUGGUUACCGGAGUGUUUGAGGGUUCGGCGAGUGCUUCGGAGCGGACCAAUGCUCUGCAGAGAGAACUGGCCGAGUUGGACAGGAAGGAGAACGCUCUGGAUGACCUCAUUCAGUCCAGCACGAAUCAGCUCAGAGAGCUCACUGAAAACAAAGACAACCAACAGUAUGGAUAUGUGACAUAUCAGGAUAUCCGGUCCAUAUCAAGCCUGCAGAAACAGACGGUGAUUGCAGUCAAAGCUCCUUCUGAGACCAAGCUGGAGGUGCCGGAGGUAUCUGAGGAGGGGUCUAUGCAGAUGUACCUGAAGAGUAAAAAUGGUGCUAUCGAGGUAUAUCUGUGUCCAGAAGAGGUGCUAGAGGAUGAAAGCCCAGUAAAAGGUGGUUCUGCCAGGAAAGACCACUCAUACGGUAUCCCACAAACGACUCACUUCAGCACGCUGUCUCGUCCAAACACACCUAAACAGCAGCACAGCCAAGAAGCUACACCAUCUAAAUCCCAGGGCCUCAGUAACAGUAUCACAUCCACCCUGAUAGAUGUAGAGGGCAUUCUGGGGCUUCCUCCCAGCCUGUUACAGAUCACUGAAGAUCAGCUCCCGGGCACAGCCUUGACCUCUGACCCCUCGUUCGUCAGUUUCUCUCCCCCUCUCGACCAUGAGGACUACCUCUGGGGGCUGGAGAACGGAGAGGGGGUUUCUGACUUUUUUGAUAACUACGAUCUGGGAGAUCUACUCCAGAGCUGAGGACAUAUUCUUUAAGGUGUGAAAAUGGUACAGUCCUCGUGUGUGAAUCGGCACGUAACUCUAUGUAUAAUGGUUUAGUCCGAGUUUAGUUGUUUGUUUUUUUUUUGUUUUGUUUUGUUUGUUUUUUAUUUAAAGAAAAUGUGAAGAACCAAGGAAAAGAAGUGAGUCACGAUCCAUUUUCCAUUUAUGAGCUAUGUUUUUAUUUGUAUGUGAAAAUAUCUAUCUAAAACAAAUUGUAGAAAUUACUCCAUGCUCGUUCUGAUACUCAAACACAUUAGAGGACAUUCACGGCCCUGUCUGUUACGUUAGAAUAACGCAGGACGUCUCAGAUGACAUUAAGGAUAUUUAAAUGAAAUUACCCCUUCUUCCCCAACACUCCCUCUUUACAUUUUCUUUUUUUUAGGCUCUAAAACACCUAAUUUAACCUCACAAAAUGCCUGGAAAUGCACAAAUUCACUGUGUUAGAGCAGAAAAAGACUAUAAUUUGUUGUGAUGGUUCAAUUACACUAGAAAACCAUCACUUAUUUGCUAUAGCCAUAGUUAAUUAGCUAGCUAGUUAAUUACUUCAUUGUAAUAGAUAUUUUCUGAUAAAGAAAAUAUAUUUUUGUACCUUGUAAUGUAAUGUAGCCAAAAAGACACUGUAGGAAAUUUAGCUUGGUCCAUUUUUUACAGUGUUUCCUGUAGAUGAUUUCAACAUGCAUUUGUUUGCUUUUUUUUUAAUGUUUUUUUUUUUUCAUUGAUUCAAUUUGAAACUGAAACUCAGGAAUUGCUGUCUUACCAUGUCCAAAGCGAAGCCUUUGUACGAUCGUUUAUUUCAUUUUUGUUGUAUUAUGAUCAUUUUGCCACUCGAGGGCAGCAGUGAGCCAGGAUUGCUCUGUCUCGAUCAUUCCUGUACUUCAGAUUGGUGCUUAUUAUGUUUUAUCUGGGAAAAUGGGUUUUUAUAAUACAUUUCCCCAUCACUGGGGUGGUGCUUUUAUCUUCUGCACCUUUAAUACGUGCUUUUUCACCUGGAAAGUUUGGAUAUAGUGGCUUAAAACAUGAAUUAGUUGGAUAUUUUGGCCAGUACUUACUGUACACAAUAACACUUUAACUAGACACUGUAUGCUGCUUGCUAGGUGAAAGAUAUGUACUAAAGGUUGUUUCUAAAUUCCAUUGAAUUCCAUGAACUCGCAUAAUUCUGCCUGUGAAGUCCAGAACUAGCCUAAACCCAGAGCUUACGCCAUCCACAAUAAUCCAAGGCUAGCUCUCCAAACGCUGUUCUUGCUACCUCUCAGGUUCGACCUAGGAACAAGGUGGCAUGAGUACCUCACCACUUAAACACAAAGGAUACACAACCUUUCGGCAGCUAAGAGUUUAUCGAUGUGAUCCUUUUGUUUUUUUUUUUUGUUUUUUCUUUCUAUCCUUUUCUUUCUGAUUGUUUUUUAAUUUUUAUUUCUUCCACCCAAACGCACAUCGAUCCGAAAAUCCGUAUUAAACGAGAAAUCGUAUAGUUUGUUUUUUUGAAUGGCUCUCGAGGGGAAAAUAAUAGCAACAAAUUUACUACUUGUUACAAAUGUAGUAGGUAUUUUCAGACCAAAAUCAUCACACAUAUUUCAAGUGACAUUGUUGGGGGAUUGUGCAUAAUUAAAUAACAGAAAUUGAACUUUUUAAAUCGCUUUAUGGUUUAAAAAAAUGUAUAAUCAAUAUUUGUGUUUUAGUUUAUGACGUGAUGACUGGUUUUAGACAUGCACUUAAACUGAAUUUGGCACGUGAUUUAAAUCAGUUCCUCAGAACCUCAGUGCAAAAAUGACUCGUUCUGUCGGAUAUUUUCUCUGAAUUAUUCCUUUAAUAAGAAUUCGUUUGGAAUUUAACGAGCUAGCUCUUUACGAUAAACAGAACAAAGACGAUGCUGUGUCUUGUUUGUGUAACGCUGAAUUCUUGCCCCACCUGUCCUAAAGGCAGAACCAGGACUAGUCUGGUGGGUGAGGAUGAGCCAAGUAAUGGCUCAUUUUUAAACAUUUUGUGAUUCAGCCUCGUCUCUUGCUGUGUGUUUAACACUUUAUUAAAAAAAAAAAAAAAAAAAGAGAUUGGCUGAAACAAUGUGACUCAUUUAGGUCUGAAAUUGUUCAGCAAAAAUAUAAAGACUGAUAUGAGUGAUCUUAAGCUUUAUUUAAAAAUUCAUCCUAAGACUACAGGUUUUAUCUGUUCAAGUGAUUCGUAUUUCAAUCGUUUAUGUUAUAAAAUUCAUUUUUCCAUUCUCCAUGUAUAAACCGAACCUAAGAUUUAUUUGCCUUUGUGUGAAUGUUUAGAUGAUUUUCUUUCCCAGGGUAUCUCGUUUACUCGUCCCACAUGUGGGACUAAUGUCCUGUCCUAACAAACUUGAAAACUGUGUGCUUUUGAGCAUGUGUGUGUGUGUGUGUGUUUUUAUAUAAUGAGGUAUUAGGUAGCGAGUUUUAUUUUGAAGGGAAAUUGUUUAGUUGAAUUUUCUAGCGUUCUUUGUAAAAUGCUGUGAUUUGAAGAGAAUGAUUUUUUUGUAUUUAUAUUGUAUAA